AUGCUGGGUCAGUAUCUGUGCCGGUUUGGUCAGAAGCUGGUCCGCAGGAAGCCACAGUUCAAGGAGAAACCUGAGAGUCCCAAGACCCAUCCUCCGAACAUCCUGGACCUGGUGGUGAUAGGCUUGGACAACAUGUUGGGAGCUGGCAUAUACAUCCUGAUUGGUGCAGUGGCCAAAUGCAUAGCUGGACCAGCAAUCAUCCUUUUCUUACUGGUGGCCGGCAUGACUACUGUGUUGUCUGGGCUCUGCUAUGUCAAGUUGGCAGCUGGAGUAGAAAGACCCAGUACUGUGUAUUUCAUCAGCUAUGUCACAAUGGGACAAUUGUACGCCUUCAUUACUGGCUGGAACCUCUUACUGUAUUUAAUUAUUGCCACUGCCUGUAUAGCCCGGGCCUGGAGCGCCACCUUUGACAGCCUGAUUGGGAACCACAUCUCUGAGGCAUUAGGGGGAACUUUCUCUCUGCAAAUGCCCUACUUCCUGGCCUCAUUUCCAGACUUUCUUGCCCUGGGCCUGGUGCUGCUGCUCACAGGACUACUGGCUCUGAGAGUUUAUGAGUCAACCCUGAUUCACAAAGUGUUCACAGGCUUGAACAUUUUGGUUCUCAGCUUCAUCAUCGUCUCUGGCUUCAUUAAGGGAGACCUGCACAACUGGAAGCUCACAGAACAGGACUAUACAUUGGCUGCAGCUGGAGCUGGUGAUGCCUCUAGCUUGGGCCUUCUGGGUUCUGGAGGGUUUGUGCCUUUUGCUUUUGAUGGAAUUCUCCAGGGAGCAGCUACAUGUUUCUACGCAUUUGUUGGUUUUGCUCGCAUUGUCAGUGAAGGGGUAAAAGCCAGCAGUCCUCAGUGGUCCAUGCCCUUUGCUGUCGUGAUCUCCUUCUUCAUCUGCUUUUUGGUGUGUUUUGGUGUCUCAGCGGCCCUCACCCUCAUGGUGCCCUACUACCUGAUUCAGCUCGAGAGCCCCUUGCCGCAGGCCUUCGUCUAUGUUGGGUGGGAUUCUGCCAAAUAUAUCGUGGCUGUUGGCACCCUCUGCAUUCUUUCCUACAGAUACUCGGGAUUUGCCAUAUACUUUGGAUAUGGGAUCCGACACAGCCCGGAGAACUAUGGGACAUAG